CGAGGCUGCGUACGGCACAGAGUACCGACAGGCCCACCCUCACCGUCACUCCAUCGUCUUGGCCAGCAGUGAUGGCGAGCGAAGGUCGAGCAGAGAUGGUCCCUGCUGUCUCUCAUUCAUCUCCUGAGCGCUCUCUCUUCCAGUCUCUUCCCUACGAGAUCGUCUGCCAGAUCGCCAAGCAUCUCGGCCCGCGUCGCCAUCCCUCUGUCCAUCCUCACCCAAAAGCGCAGACCAUCGACGUUUCCGCCAUCAUCGUACCGGCCGAAGGGGGAACACAAGAUGUCCUCUCCUUUGCAUAUACCUCAAAGCUAUGCUACGCUUCUGCGUUACCUGUGCUGUACUAUGCUAUGAUCCUUCAGUCCACUCGGCAGGUCCGCCUCCUAGCCCAAUCCCUCACCAUGCCUUAUCAGAUCAAGCCAGUCGACUUCGACGAGUACAAUCUGUCGAGACAACCACGGCACCUCUUCUUACCCAAUGAUGGCCUGCUGGCUGGCGGAACGGAUCAACUCUCGGAUCAGUACCAGUGGGCGCCCAGCAUACGGACCCUCUUCCGGUACUCCAGUCUUCUGGACAGUGCUCUCCUGGGCUCGAGGGUAGACGGGGCAAUACUGAGCGAAUUUCUCGACGAGCAUGUACAGGCAAGACCCAGGCGGGUAACGAUCGUGAAUCUCUACUCCUCCCCGCCCUUCUCAAUGUGGAGCUUACGCCCACUGUCGAAGGUGACGCAUCUGCAUCUCAUCAAUCUGAUCCCCCGCGACCCAAUCCUACAGCUCCUCUCUGGGACCUCGAAAUAUGCAGAAGGACCUCACCCAAUCACUCAUCUCCGUCUUUCCUGGCUGCACUCCGAUACCCUCCACGGCUUCGGAGAGUACAUCAAAUGGCGCCGUUCCUUCGAUCAAUGGGAUGCUCUUCCCGCUCUGGAGCGCAAUCGCUACGGAGUGCAACCACCUGAACGGCCGAAGGUGCCAGUGCGGAUGUUCGAAGCGCAGGAGACGCUCUACACCCUCGCUGUACAGGCGGGAAGGAUGCCUCACUUUCGUCGUUUGCUCCUCGAGCUGGUCGAGCUAGCUCCAUUGCCUGUGCCGGAAGAUCUUCCUUUGCUCGACGAAGAGGAGCGCGGCGCGGCGUCCAUUGAUGGAAGUACGGACAUUGCAGGCGCAGUGACAACCACGAACCACCCUACAGGAGCGCCUGCCUCGCUGGACGAAGCAAGAAUGCUAGCAGAAGAAGCAGAGCGCAACCGUACUGCUCACCGAGACCUGUAUUGGAUCGAUACCCGCGAUGGGAAAGAGGCCUUGCAGACACUCUUCGACGAGUCGCGUCAACAAGCCCUCGCCGAGCAGCACUAUGCCGAUGCCAGCGGCAGCAGCAGUGGAAGGCAAGGGGCUCGUGCUCGUCGACCUGCCGUCGAGGUGAGAAUCGUCGCCCCGCGCCCCGGAGGAUGGGACCGUAACGAAUGUCGCGCCGAGUUUGAAGCUCAAGUCGAGGCAUGCUCGUACACUCAACGUCAAGGCCAGAGUCACGAUCGUCUUGAGCGUCAGAGUACUGGUAGCGGGCCAGACCAUUUUGAGGAAGAAGACGAUGGAACCUGCUUCUCCGACCCGGACAUCUUUGACCUCGCUCGACGUCGGCCAUGGCUAAGCUACGAUGGGGCUCGAAGACCGGACGGGGCUUCGCUGUCAAGCACUUCUGAAGCCGCCCGAGGAGGGGAAGGAGGGGGGGAGGGAGGAAGUGGAGAGAGUGUGAAAAGGGGAGAAGGUCAUCUCAAGGAGGAUGGAAGUCAGAGAGUGGAUUGGAGAGCACUCAACCGCACUUGGUGGACGGGCAGUCUACCGCGGUACGACGCCUCGGCACGAGAGGGGCGAAUGGAUGCUGAUACACAGACAUGAUGAAUAGGACGCUUGCAUCAAAGAAAGAGAGAUCCGUCUGGUAUAGAUUUUGGACAGGGCAGACACGUGUACUCUAUCUUCAUCGCAGUGUAAUUCUAGCAACCUUCCCUCCUCCCCCUGGCUCGUAAUUCCAUCAUAUAGCUUCCUCAUU